AUGUCUAACAUGAGUGAGACGAGUCGAUCUCUUAACAGGACUGCUCUGGAUGAGUUUGUUCGACAGCCUGUCCGUUCUUAUAUGAUUCAGCAUUUGGCUAAGCAAGCUACUUCCGUGAUUCGAUGUGAGGAGCCCAUUCAAAGCUCCUCAGCACAGCUUCCUCCAACACCACCUUCAACACCUCCACAAUGUGAAGUCGAUCCAUCUCAGCCAGCACUACCAUCACUUGAGACUUUCAUUCGAUCCAUUGUACACAAGUCGUCAGUUCAAGUACCGACCUUGAUGACGUCUUUGGUAUACCUUGCUCGACUUCGUUCUCGUCUUCCUCCUGUGGCAAAAGCAAAGAACCUCAAUGACUCUAGUCCGAAGAACAAGCACUGGGCUCGAUACACCACAGUCAAGGGUUACGACGGGUUCGGCUUUGCUCUUCCAGAAGUUAACUUGAUGGAACGACAACUCCUGUUCCUGUUGGACUGGGACACACGGGUCACAGAGGAUGAUCUUUUCGAGCACUUCGAGCCAUUCUUGGCACCUAUCCGCUUCCAGCUUCAACUUGAAUACGAGAGCUCAAGGCUCAACGAGCAACGACAAUGGUACACUGAGCAAUCCAUCAAUGAUCUCAGGAUUCCACGCACCGUCACCCAGGAGCAGAACAAACUGCCAACUCCACCCAAAGUUCGAGCGACCGACGUAUACGACUCUCCCCGACCACUUGUUGACGACGAGUCGAGACGAUCUCGGACAGCUGGAUCAAGUCUCGCAACACCUGCCUCCGCCAAGCGCAAGGGCAGCUAUCAUCAUAACUCGCGUGAGCCUUCGCCACCAUCCCUACUUGAUCUGCCACCACUUGUCCAUUCUGCCAAGUCGAGCAUCUCUAGCACACGACACAGACAACAAUACUCUACCGACUCAUCAGCGUCUAGGUCUAGCUCACUUGCACCCUCUUCUCGAUCAAGCUCGGCUGCUCCAUCGAACCGCUCAAAUAAUAUCCCAACUCCUCAGAUUCUGGGCUAUUAUGAAAACGAGAAUGUCACGUUCGCUAUCGCCGAUCAACACUACUCCCCGAAUACGUAUGCUGCUGAAGCAGAGUAUACGGGAGCAGGAUAUCAUCACGCAAAGCCUCAAGCGAUUCACAGCAUAAAGAACCUGCCGGCCAUGACAUCAAUCACUUCGAUGCCCGUAUCAGCACGACCCGGGAUGAAAGGUCACCAACUGAGCUAUUCGCACGAAUGCCAACCAGCUAGUAAGAAGAUGAAGGCUGAGCACGGUAGCUCGGCCAGUGUGAGCAGUGUUGUGAGCAACUUCUGGAAGAGUGCUACAGGUGGUUACAGGAUAGGACGAACUCCAGUCCCACAGCAGAUGGCCACUGCCAUCUAA